AUGCCGAAAGUCCACCUGCUCGACUACGUGGCAGGCAAUAUUCGCUCCCUUGUCAACGCCAUCGAAAAAUGCGGCUAUGAAGUUGAAUGGAUUCGAAGCCCGGAAGAGGUGAAGAAUGCAGAUAAAAUCAUCCUCCCGGGCGUCGGACAUUUCGGGCACUGCCUAAGCUCUUUGUCUUCGGCCGGAUACCUUCCCGCCAUCACCGAACACAUCAACUCAGGCAAACCGUUCUUCGGCAUCUGCGUGGGUCUCCAAGCCCUCUUCGCAGGUUCAGAAGAAGCGCCGACCGUGCCGGGGCUAGGAUUGAUCUCGACAUCCCUUCGCCGCUUCAGUGCCCACAACAAAGAUGGCUCGCGAAAGUCGGUACCAUGCAUAGGCUGGAACGACGCCUCUACUCUUCACCAGCAAUCGAAUCCUUCUCAGGAUGCCACAGCGCGAGCGAACAGUUUCUACGGCUUAAAUCCCACCAGUAAGUACUACUAUGUACACAGCUAUUUCGCCCCUUACACACCUGGGGAGCUCGAAAAGCAAGGGUGGACGGUGGCGACAGCCAGUUACGGAGACGAGACAUAUGUGGGCGCAAUUGGCCGGGGAAAUGUCCUAUGCACGCAAUUCCAUCCAGAGAAGUCCGGCGCUGCCGGCCUAAGAGUCAUCAAGGCCUUUCUCGAAGGUCGAGUCUGGAUGGACUCUGUACCCGCCGGACUCCCAGCAAGUGCAAGUUCAACAGCAAAGGAUACGGGUGCCAACGGCCUGACACGGCGUAUCAUCGCUUGUCUGGACGUUCGAACCAACGAUGCUGGGGAUCUGGUCGUCACCAAAGGCGACCAGUACGAUGUGCGAGAGAAGGCCGCUGGAUCACAGGUGCGCAAUCUGGGCAAGCCGGUUGAGAUGGCGAAAAGGUAUUACACUCAAGGUGCCGACGAGGUGACUUUCCUCAACAUCACAUCCUUCCGUGAUUGCCCUGUGGCGGAUCUUCCGAUGCUCGAGAUUCUACGACGCACCAGUGAGACGGUCUUUGUGCCGUUGACCAUUGGCGGUGGAAUCCGGGACAUGGUAGAUCCGGCGACGAACAGGCCCAUCUCGGCGCUCGAUGUGGCCAAACUGUACUUUGCUAGCGGCGCCGACAAGGUGUCGAUCGGUAGUGAUGCCGUUCUCGCCGCAGAGGAAUACUACGCGUCCGGGAAGAAAUUGUCUGGCAAGACGGGCAUUGAGACUAUCUCUGCUGCGUAUGGCGUUCAAGCCGUCGUUGUCAGUGUCGAUCCAAAACGUGUAUAUGUCUCCUCGCCCUCCGAGACAUCGCACCACGUCAUUCGAACAGCGACCCCUGACGCCGAGGGCCGAGAGUUCGUCUGGUUUGCUUGCACGAUCAAAGGAGGACGUGAGACUCGCGAUCUUGAUGUCGUCCAGCUCGUCACUGCUGUCGAGGCAAUGGGUGCUGGCGAGAUCUUGCUGAACGCCAUCGACCGCGAUGGUCAGAACAAGGGUUACGAUCUUGAGCUUAUUUCCAUGGUCAAAGGCGUGGUUGCCGUGCCUGUAAUUGCUAGCUCGGGUGCCGGGAACCCUGGGCAUUUUGAAGAAGUGUUUAGAAAGACGGAUGUUGAUGCCGCCCUGGGUGCGGGAAUGUUCCAUCGCGGAGAGUACACUGUUGCACAGGUUAAAGAGCAUCUUGCAAAGGCUGGAUUGCUUGUCCGACCGUUCGAGGAGUUCGAGCCAUGA